AUGUCUUCCCAUCCAUCGGCGUACGAAAGCUGGACUCGCGAGGCUCUCAUCACACGACUGUCCCAACUGGAAUCUCAUCGCAAGCCAACGGCGGAGCCUCUCUGCAAACGGAAGGUGUUCGAUUUCUCCGCGCAUCCCCGUCGGAAGAUCGCGCUGAAGUUCACCUACAACGGUGCAGACUACUCCGGCCUGGAGUUCCAGAAAACGCCUACCACGCUGCCGACCGUUGAGGCGGUCCUGUUUGAUGCGCUGGUGCAUACUCGACUCAUCGACCCUGCCACCGGAUUUGAGGGAUGUGGAUGGGAGAAGUGCGGACGGACGGAUCGAGGGGUGAGUGCUGCCGGUCAAGUCAUCAGCUUGUGGGUCAGAAGCGCGUUGGGGCAAGCGCGAGUACGGACAUCACUCGAAGACGCUAAUGUGAUGGAUGUUCACCCUACUGGUCUCGAAGGCGAUCUUGCCCUCAUGGGCGAAUGGGACGAAACACCUACAAACGCUGCGCGCCCAGCAACACCACAGGCGACGAAUGAACUGCGCUACAUAACUCUGCUCAACAAUGUCCUCCCCCCCACCAUCCGUGUCAUCGCCUGGUCCCCCGUUGGGCCAGACUUCUCCGCCCGCUUCUCUUGCCGCUAUCGCCAUUACAAGUAUUUCUUUAGCCCAGAAGGCCUCGACCUCGCGGCAAUGCAAGAUGCUGCGGAUCGGCUCGUUGGAGAGCACGACUUCCGCAACCUGUGCAAGCUCGAUCCUUCCAAGCAGCUCACGACAUUCGCGCGCAAGAUUCUCUCCGCGCGCCUCAACCCAGCGCAAGCCGACGGUGCCAGUACCCUCUAUGUUCUCGACCUGAUUGGCACCGCGUUUCUCUACAACCAGGUGCGACACAUCAUGGCUGUGCUUUUCCUCGUCGGCACAAAGCUCGAGCACCCCUCCGUCAUUGACGCGCUGCUCAACGUUGAUGCUGCCCAACCUCGCGCGCCCAGUCGUCCCGGCGAACCCUUCCCUCAAGUGAUUCCGAGCAAACCAGAGUAUCAGAUGGCAGAUCCACUUCCGCUCAUGCUCUGGGAGUGCGCAUAUGAUAAGGACACGGUCUCCUGGCGCACAGGUGACGGGCCUCUGCCCACAGAAGGGGCGGCGCUGAGCCAUCGCGACCUCUCGAACAACCUGUACCACAGCGUGCACGCACUUCACCAGCGCUCCGUGGUGCAGACGGCGAUGGACGCGCAUUUCUUGCGUGCCGUUGCGGCGUAUCACGCACCCCCACCGCAGUAUUUCCCUAUCGACGCUCCGGGCGUACAACCAGUACCUUCAGGGAGCGUGCUGAGUAUCCCGCUGGGCGCGGGGACGGUUCGCCGCGGCGCGCGGUAUGUGCCGCUGGUAGAGCGGCCCAGAGGCGACUUGGUGGAGGCCGUGAAUGAGAGGUGGCGGACGGGCAAGGGCGCGAGGCAGAUGGAACGGAAGGCCUUGGCUGCGCAAGCUAGCGGUCGGUCAUGA